UGUUGUCGGCACCGUGAAAACCAGAAAUUGGCUCCUGGCUUCGGAAAAACUUGUAAGCUCGUUUUUCAGUGGUACUUUUCCGUUUCAAUAUCUGAAUUUGCUCCCCUAUAUUCCACCGGCGGUCAGUUUUCCACAAUUUGCGGUCUACUGUAUUCUGUACGGUCUCUCUCUAAUUGUGUGGUUUUUUGUUUGGUUGAAAAUUUAGUCGGUGGCGUGGUGUUUGCGUUAUCGCCCUUGGUAUUGAUGUCCUCGCUAUGCAUUUGAUCAUCUUUCCUAUUAGAACAUGUCUCGGAACACCAAAAGCUGUGUGCUCUUUAAAAUGCCUAACCGAACCUUGUCAAGUUGUAUUUGACAUAAUGUAUGGUGAUGGGCUGGUGCUCGAGAAAGUAAUGGAACUCAUGAUGUUAACAACUGAGUUGAUUGGACCCUUUGCUUCACUUGGGAUCAACUGUCUGUGGACUAAUAGCCCCUUUGGCCCUUGUCCCCCGACGUUUGGAUAAGUUGGACUAGCUUGGCGACAACCCUGAUUCGAAUAUCCAUAGCAAGAAUAAGCCUGCGGUCUUACCAACGCUGGUGGUGAGGGGCCACUUCAAGUCGCCGAGGUCGGUUUUGGGCGCUUCAUUGUUUAUUUCAUGAGUUGCUAUGGGGUUUGUGGACAGUGUGGUGCAUGCAAAGUCAACAAGAGUGUGUAACUUGAGCAGUAGUAGCUAUUCAGAGGCGAGAUCAGGAAGAAAAAUGAUGGAAAAUGAUCACUUUCCUUCACACAUCAGUCUGCCCGUUUACAAGCAGAGAGGAGUUUCUGCUGUUCGAGAUUUCCCGCCAGGGUGUGGACGUUUUGCUACUGGUAGCAGUUUGAGACCAGACAAAGACGAGGCUCCUAACAAUACAGUUGAGAAUUUGGAGGGUACGUAUAAAGAUGGUAGUAUUCAACUAUCUGAAACCGGGUUUGGGACCCAGUCUACCUGUGCACAGAAAAGUUCAGUUUGUGUGGAAAUGCUUGGGCAACAAGAUACUUCGGAAUCUGAAUUUGAAAGGCUUAAGAGUUCAGCACAUCCCAAAUAUGGGCUUAUGUCAGUGGAUAUCAAGCAGAUGGAAGCAGUAGAUUUGUCAGAGGGGGUGGGAGCUUUGGAUAAUGCCAGACUGUUUACACCACUUGAAGCUUUUGAACAAGAAACAUGUGCCAUAGUAAACGAUUUCUGCCAGGUUGAUGAUGCUGCUCUGGAUGAAGAGUUGGUUCCACCAAGUGAUUUGGGAUUGUUGCCACUUCACAAUGAUUCCGCUGCUUACCCUAAUGGGAAUGAUCUGGAGAAAACUUUGGCUAGAAGUUAUCCUCCUCGAAGACGAGUUUCUGCUGUUAGAGACUUUCCUCCAAAUUGUGGAAGAAAUGUUCCAUUUCUUAACGAGGAAAAGCAUUUGGAAGUUCUAGAUUCUUCAGAACGCAAGUGUUUGGGACAAGAAAAGUUUAAUAGCGAAGACGAGCCACUGAAAGGGACAAUGCAGACUAAUGUGAAGGGAAUGGGAGUGGAUGUUGGCAGAGAAGAUGAUCAGACUAGCAAAUUGGAAGGAUAUAAGCCUAAAUCUGUCAGGGAUGAAGUUAAAGUUGAAUCUGAAGGGCGGCCUUCUAAAAGAAUAGGGAAGCAAGACAAAAUUAUUACGGCACUGGAGAAUAAAAAGCUCAAAACUGCUGUCAGAAUGGACAAGAGUGUUGCCGAAGGUCUGGGGAAAGACUCUGUUGGUUUCACAAAGGUGAAAACUGUUGACCAGAAUGUUGCUGAUUUGUCUGGAUCUGAGAAUCAUUUGCAAGAUGAAGAUUGUGAAGUUUUGAAAUUCUCGUCAGAAAUGGCUGCGUCAAAUUCUCCUUGCAGGCUGGUUAAAGGAUCCUCCAAAGCUAAUGUGGCUGGAGGUAUUGCUAAAAGUACAGGGAAGAAACAUCAUCCUUUAUUGCUAGAAAGGUAUAAGUCUGCUGUGAAGCCAAGGAAAGUUAAAGCAGAAAAAUCUGGAGGGACAUUUUCAAGGCGCAGGUCAUCUUCCACUCAAAAUGCUUUUCCAGCUAUGCAUCAACUAGUUGCCUCAGAUGUCAAAAAUUCUACACGGCAGGAUGAAGUGUCUCAUGUUAGUGCACAUAAUAUUGAUGUGAGCCUUCCUCCAUCCUGGCCCAUUGGUUUGAUUGGUAAAAGCAAUGAUAGUGAUGGGAAUGUCACUCGAAACAAGGUGAGAGAAACAUUGCGUCUGUUCCAAGCUCUCUGUCGGAAGCUCUUGCGGGAAGCUGAAGCAAAGCCAGCGGAUCGACACAGGAGGAUUGAUUGUCAAGCAGCGAAAAUUCUCAAGGACAAAAACAGAUAUAUUAACACAGAUAAAAUAAUUGGAUCUGUCCCUGGAGUUGAAGUUGGUGAUGAGUUUCAGUACAGGGUGGAGCUUAAUAUUAUUGGCAUGCAUCGCCUAACUCAAGGUGGCAUAGACUACAUGAAGCAUGGAGGAAUUUCUCUUGCUGUAAGUGUUGUAGCUUCUGGCGGCUAUGAUAAUGAGUUGGAUUCAGAUGUCUUAACUUAUACAGGCUCAGGAGGGAAUGUGGCAAAUGGUAGCAAUAAGGAACAUGUAGAUCAGAAGCUUGAAAGAGGGAAUCUUGCUUUGGCAAAUAGUAAGAAUGCACAGAAUCCCAUAAGGGUUAUCCGCGGUGAGGAUUGGGCCUUUGACACUUCAGAUGCAAGAGGUCGGACUUAUGUAUAUGAUGGGUUAUAUUUGGUGGAAGAUUAUUGGGAGCAAAUAGGCCCACAUGGUAGUAAGGUCUUUAAAUUUAGGUUAACACGUAUUCCAGGGCAGCCAGAGCUUGCAUGGAAAGAAGUUAAGCAGUCGAAAAAAUUAAAAGUACGCAAUGGUGUCUGUGUGGAUGAUAUUUCACAAGGGAAAGAGCCAAUUCCCAUAUCUGCUGUUAACACAAUAGAUGAUGAAAAGCCCCCAUCCUUCAAGUAUGUGACUGGCAUGAUAUAUCCAGAUUGGUACCACUCUCUUCCUCCCAAGGGAUGUGAUUGUUUGAAUGGAUGCUUAGAAGGGAAAUGUUCUUGUGUUGCCAAGAAUGGAGGUGAGAUCCCAUAUAACCACAAUGGUGCUAUAGUUGAAACAAAGCCCCUUGUCUAUGAGUGUGGUCCAUCUUGCAAGUGUCCACACUCUUGCUAUAAUAGAGUCAGCCAACUAGGUAUCAAAUUUCAGCUUGAAAUUUUUAAAACUGAAUCUCGGGGCUGGGGCUUGAGAUCUCUAGAUUUUAUUCAUUCAGGUAGUUUCAUAGGUGAGUAUGCGGGAGAGCUCCUUGAAGAGAAUGAAGCUGAAAAAAGAACUGGUAUGGAUGAGUAUCUGUUUGAUAUUGGGGACAACUACAAUGAUGGUGAUCUUUGGAAUGAACUUUCAACUAUGAUGCAUGAGACACAAUCAACUUCCCAUGAAGUUGUCGAAUGUGUUGGCUUCACCAUUGAUGCCGCAAGGUAUGGAAAUGUUGGGAGAUUCAUCAACCAUAGCUGUUCUCCUAAUCUUUAUGCCCAAAAUGUCCUCUAUGACCACGAGGACAAGAGGAUUCCCCACAUUAUGAUGUUUGCCGCCGAGAACAUUCCUCCACUGAAGGAGUUGACUUACCAUUACAAUUACAAGAUAGAUCAGGUUUAUGAUUCUGAUGGCAAUGUUAAGAAGAAGAGUUGUUACUGUGGCUCUUCAAAGUGCACAGGUCGGAUGUACUGAGGCAGGGAGAAGAUAACGUGUGAAUUUAUUUAAGCAUUGGUAAUUAUCACCACUGUAAGUUCAGCACUAGCAUUUCCGCAGUCAUGGAACUGCUAAAUUAUAUGCAUGUCUUGAUAUGUCUAUCUGUUGUAACAAGUUAAUUCUCUUGAAAUGCUUAAUGUGGUCUGAAUUUGCAUUGUCAAUCUACUCGUGCAGAUUGGUGCGCUUAUCAUCGCACAAUAACUAGCCCCCAUCCUAAAGGCUUUGUUAGAAUAUUUACGAGGUAUGGUAUGUAUAAAGGUGUGUGCUGUGUAUGGCAAGUGGUAUGGUAGUCUGUGUCGUAGCUAUGACUCAUGAGGUUACUUGUAACGGUAUGAAGUUCAUGUUAUAUAAAGGAGACUUACUCUCCUUCACAAAACACAACAAUCAAUAAUACGAAGACCUCUGUCCUGCUA